UACGAAGGACAAAACCCAAGGAGAUUAUCAAUCUUUCGCCGCUUUGUCGUGUCCUCCCCUCUCUUCUCUCUGCUCCUCUCCGCCAUUAACGUUACAUUAUUGAUGGAAGAAGAACAGUCUGUGCAUCCUCACACCGCAAAACAUGAUGUCGGAAAAUUACAAUACGGGUCAAGACUAAUAAACCCUAACCUAUGCCUCCUCCUAUUUUAUGUUUCAGAAAAUUUUCUUCUUAUUCUAGUUCAUUGUGUUAUAAUUUUUUUCUUUUCCUUAGAUGCGAGCACUAUCGGAGACGAUGCAAAAUCCGUGCUCCUUGUUGCGAUAAGAUCUUUCCCUGUCGUCAUUGCCAUAAAGAGGCCGUGAACUCGCUAAGCGACCCCAAGGAUCAUCACGAGCUUGUCAGGCAAAAUGUUAAGCAAGUUGUUUGUUCACUUUGCAAUACCGAGCAGGAGGUUGCUCAAAUUUGUGUCAACUGUGGGGUGAAAAUGGGUGAAUAUUUUUGCAAUAUUUGCAAAUUCUAUGAUGAUGAUAUUUCAAAGGGACAGUUCCAUUGUGAUGAUUGUGGGAUUUGUAGAGUUGGUGGCCGUGAUGAAUUCUUUCACUGUCAGAAGUGUGGAUCUUGCUAUUCAGUCAGUGUGUGCAAUGAUCAUGUGUGCGUGGAGAACUCCAUGAAGAACUACUGCCCUGUUUGUUACGAGUAUCUAUUUGACUCGGUUAAAGACUCAACAGUUAUGAAAUGUGGGCACACAAUGCAUACAGAUUGCUUUUUGGAAAUGACUAAACAAAACCAGUACCGUUGCCCUAUUUGCUCCAAGACAGUGCUUAACAUGUCUGACUAUUGGCGGUUGUUAGAUAUGGAGAUGGAAGCUAAUAAGAUGCCUGAGGAGUAUCAGUACGAUAUUGUACCUGCAAGUGAAUCGGUAUUAUAUCAAACAGCUCAGAGGGUGGCUUGGGUGUUUUUCAGGUUUCAAUCCUCUGCAAUGACUGCAACCGUACCAGUAAAGCCCCCUUUCACAUUUUAGGACACAAGUGUGUGCAGUGUAACUCAUAUAACACCCGGAGGAUUUCAGAACCAGACCCUGAAAAUGUUUAGUAAUUUUUAAAGUCAGUCAAUCAGUUCAAUUGUGAGGAGUUUACAUGUUUCUUUUCAAAGUUUCUAGUUAAGAAAGUGCACCUCUUGUGCAAGAAGUAUAUUGAUUUUUUUUUUUUUUUUUUUUUUUUUUUUUAUAGUUUGCAUCCCCUGUCUAGGAAAAGGCCCACAAGAGCAGCAGAAAAUAUGCAGUUUAAUUUAACGGACUUGGAGUCAUCUCUUGAUUGGAAUUCACCAACUCUUAGGAAGAUCUUGCAACAUAUGAAAGUAUUUUAAUUUUCUUAUUCAUUUUCAUUAUUGUCUAUGACAAGUUUAAUGUGUAUUCUAACUAAAAGCUUAGAUUGAGAGAAUCCAUGUUCAUAUGUAACUGGAGGAUUUGGGUUCAACAAGAGAAAUUUCUGGUAUGUAAGAUAUACCAAAUUUAAAAGUUCCAUUAUGCAAUAUACUAGGAAGAAUUUGGUUUACAAAAUUUGCGUCAACCAUGGCUUGAUUUCAUGUAGUUAAUUUUGUUUCGCAUUCAAAGCUUUUGUUACCUUGUUAAUU